AUUAUGCAAAACUAGACUCAUUAGUUGAAAUCGUGACACAAAGGAAAACUUCCUCUAUCGACCACCAAGCAUCGAAAAUGACUUUCAAGAUCACAGAACAUCGUACAUCAAUAUACUGCUUGUAUUUUAUCGGCUUUAUGGAUUUGUUUUCUGUUAGUAUGGGGCUACCUCUGCUUACUCGUCGAACAAGGCAGCUUGGAGCAAGUCCUUCCAUAGUUGGAUUAAUCGGGUCCAUAUACGGAGGAAUACAACUUUUUUCUAGUCCAAUGAUGGGCAAGUUAAGUGAUACUGCAGGAAGAAGGAAGAUCCUGGUGAUAUCAUUGUUAGGAACAGCCAUGGGGUAUUUCUCUAUAGGACUUGCCGAUUCACUGCUUCUACUGGCUCUGGCAAGAAUACCUGUUGGCAUAUUCAAACAAACACAAGGGAUGUGCAAGGCCUGCUUGGCAGAUGUAACAGCAGCAAUUGAGAGACCUAAAGUUUUUGGAAAUUUCAAUGCAAUCUGUAGCCUUGGGUUUGUCGUUGGACCUUUGAUUGGUGGUCACCUUGCCAUGACUCAAAACRGUUUCUUUACAGUUAUGACGUUACAAAGUGCAAUGUUUGUUUUUAUGGCRGCUUUUGCUGCCUUUGUUUUGAAGUUACAAAGUGAUAACAAGGAUAUCAAGAAAGACAAGCCUGUAGAAAUACAAAAUCCAGAGGAAAAGGAAAAGAAUGAUGACCACUUCGAGAUACAUGGAUCAAAAUACACGGACAACUUUAUUCUAAAAAAAGAAAAAGAUGACAAAAUACAAGAAGCUAAUCCUGUUUCGCCAAAAGAAAAUACCUUUUUUUCAAAACUCCUUCAUUUUUUACAAUUUCAAUCUUUAGGCUCAAUGGUAGACAUUUUAAUGUUACGGUUUGUACUAGGAUUUUCCAUGAUUCUAUUCCGGAGUAAUUUUACUACCAUGCUUGAAUACCGCUACCAGACUACCCCCAAAACGAAUGGGUACAUCAUGUCAUAUAACGGGAUAAUCUCGGGUACAAGUGGAGCCUUCGUGGGGUACUUAAUGUCAUUCUAUAACCAUCAGGACUCGAAAGCAUUAUUCCAUUUUGCCAUCAUAUUAACCAGUUGCAUUCUCUUUAUAACAUAUUCCCCAGAUCUUUGGGUGUUACUGAUAUUUAUUAUCCCGUUGUCAUUUUCGACGGCAAUUUCUAGGGUCUGUAUAACUAAUUUGACACUCACACGUGGUCACAAAGACGAAAGGGGUGUCAUUCUUGGGGUAGGAAAUUCUUUGUUGUCAUUCGCUAGAAUGUUGUCACCUCUGAUAGGAGGAUUUGCACUUGAGUUUAGUGUAUAUGGCCCAGGCACGAUAUCCGUAAUAAUUGCAAGUAUAGGAACAGCGAUUGCUGCUUUUCCUAUGUUGGAGGAAAAGAAGAAAGUUGAAGUCAAGAAAGAAAAGUAAAGAAUAACUUGCACACCUGAAAAAAUGGAGAUAAAUUGAUUAUUCAUAAUUUUAAUAUAUUUCUCAAACGACUUAAGAUUAAAAUGCUUGUCAGUAAAAUACAAUCUAUGAAAAAAAUUUCUUAAAAAAAACAAAUUAACAUACAACAGGAUAGAUAAAUUUGGUGCAAUUUCUUUUGACAUGCAUAAACACGGCUUAUUUUGGAAAUUUGAAUUUUGCAGAAAGGAUAUAUUUGUAUAUCAGCUCAAUUUACUCACUACCUCUCUAGAACCUGUAUGAUAAUUGGUUGAUCUAAAUUUGUGAGCCAUUCAUGUUGCUUGGUUCUUUGUUAGUGAUGAAAGCUUAAUAAAAUAACUCAGAGCAGA